AUCACAUGUCACAGCUGAUGAACAGCCAUAGCCAAGAGUCAGCUGUUCGCUCCCUCUAACAACAAACACAGGUGGUGAGUGUUGACAGGAUUAAAGCCAGAAAUGGAAGCAAGAGGGAGAGAACACUGAAAAAGUCAAGGAGGGGGGAUCCCUACCCGCAACCCCCAGCCCAGGGAGGACUGAGGAUGUCAUGGAAUGCUAACUGAAGAAAGAAAAGGGGGGGAGAGAGAGACUGACUGGAGAGCCAAACAGGUACCUACUGGACAUAUCUGCAAGAAGCUGCCUUAUACUGAGUCAGACCCCUGGUUCAUCCAGACCAGUGUGGUCUCCACCGACUGGCAGUGGGUUUCUAGGAUAUCUGACCAGGAGUCUCUCUCAGCCCCUCCUGGAGAUGUCAGGGAUUGAACCUGGGUCCUUCUGCAUACAAAGCAGAUGCUGCACCACUGAGCUACAGUCCCCUCCACCCUGGUUAGGAUGGAGGAUACACCAGGUUGCUUUGUUACAGUGUCUGCUUCUAUUAUAUCACUGACAAUCUAGUGGAAUGCUCAACAUCACUAGGACAGAUGGUGUGAGGUUCAAUCUCCCUACAUGGGAGCUAUCCUCAGGGUGCCACAGCCUUGGUACACCAUGAAAGGGCAAUGGACCUGAAAGACUGCCAGCCCCUGUAUAAACCUGAAAGAUGACUUAGACCACCUGGGGAAAUUCUACUUAUGGUACCACACCCCAAAGAAUAUCAUGGGGCAGGGACCUGAGAAUGGGCAUUUUCCACGAUUGCCACUGUAUCACAAAACACCCUUCCCUCUGCCAUAUGUGUUGAUCAUCGCUUGCUUCAGAUGCCUUAGUAUCGUUUUGCUCAGGCUUUUCCUGACCCACAAGAUUGGACCCUGUCUUCAUUUGCCUGAAUUCUAAGUUUUUGUUUUCAUAUAUUUUUGCGCUACUGUUCUCCUGGCUUUUGUUGUACAUUGCUUUGAGGUUUUUUUGUUUUUGUUUUUACAUGUUUUAGAAAUGCUUUUAAAUAAUAUAAUAUAAUAUAUUUGUGGACAACCCUGGAGGUGACAAAUCUGUUUCUUCCUUCUUGUUGCUGUGACCAGUAUUUGAUGCAAAGGAUCCUUCUCUUGAGGCGAAUGCCGCCGGUGGCUGGUCUGAGUUGCAGAGCACCGACUUUCUUCCAUUUUCAGACCCCUGUAGCAGUGGCAAGAUUUGCUUUUAAAGCUUGAGCCAAUUUCCUACUUUCUCCUAGUGUGAUGAAUAAGUAAGAUUGUAUUGCUAUGGUGACUCCCCCUCCCAAUUGUUAUUCCAAUUUUUGUUUUCUGCUUUUACCUAUGGUUGAAACAAUAAAGACUGACUGACUGACUGACUGACUG